GGAACAACCAGUUGAUACGCUACAAGACUUAUCAAUCAAAAGUAGUGAACAAGUUCAUAUUCACCAGUGUAGAUGUAUAUGCGAGCUCAAAAUGUUUGAACUGUUAUGUAAAUUAAUGCCAAUUUUAUUAUUGCUUAUAUUGACUGUACACUGUGAUCCGCCUACCGUAAAACAAACGAACAAUGGACCUGUCGAAGGCAUAGAACAAACAAGCUUCUUUGGCAAGAAAUAUUAUUCGUUUCGAGCAGUUCCAUAUGCCGAAGUUCCAAUAACUGGAAACGACCCUUAUACUGGCGAAACGAUUGACCGGAGAUUCAAGCUACCUCAACCACUCGUGCGACAAUGGAUUGAACCGCUGAAGGUGCAAAACUUCGGAAAUGCAUGCAUCACAUCAACGAAUUUCUUGCCAAAAUCGGUAAACACAAGCGAAAAUUGUCUCUUCGUUAACAUUUAUGUUCCAGCUGGUGGUGUAGAGAAGAAGACUGUUCUGGCAUAUAUUCACGGUGGUGCUUUUACCGAGGGAACAUCGACCGAUUUUCUUUACGGGCCAGACUUCCUCAUCGAUGCUGACAAUAUUUUGGUCACAUUCAAUUAUCGCGUGGGCAUUUUUGGCUUUAUGAAUCUUGGCUUUGGUGAAUACACCGGCAACAUGGGUUUGAAAGAUCAGCAAUUGGCUUUGAAAUGGAUUUAUGAGAAUAUUGAACAUUUCUCGGGGAAUAAGGACGAGGUUUUGCUGUUUGGAGAGAGUGCAGGUGGUGCUUCCGUCAAUUAUCAAAUGCUCAAUGAAGAGUCACGAAAAUAUUUCAACCGGGCGUUUGCACUCAGUAGCUCUUCCUUGAACUAUUAUGCAUUAUAUGAACCGAAUCACUUGGAGAGAAUGCAAAAAUUUUCGAAGAUUCGAGACAAACAGCAGUUGGUCGAGUAUUUGAAGACGGCAGACAGUAUGGAACUUGCUAAAAUACAAACAACCAAUGAUUUGGGACAAAUUUUAAUUGAAGCAGCAUGGGUUCCAACGAUCGAAAGUCCUGAAACCAAAGGAGCAUUCAUAACUAAAAAGCCUAAAGAAAUUUACAAGUCGGAUAAGGCACCCGUCAUGGAUGUCAUGUUCAGUUUUACUUCUCAGGAAUAUAUAACUUUCAAUCCAGAUUUAACUACAAGCAAUGAACCGAUUCUUAGUGGAGACUGGAAAGAUUCAAAGAUGUUGCUGCCAUUCCGGGGAUUUGAUAAAGAUACUUUUCCAGAGGAAUAUAAGCAUGCGAUUGAUGUUUUGAAAGAUGCCUAUUUCAAUGGCACAACCAAUAUUGAUACAAUUAAACGUGGAAAUAUUGGUUUACUCUCAGAUUCAAACUUCGACUAUGGUAUUCUCAAAGCUGCCCGAUAUCAAGUGAUAGCAAAUAACAAGGGAACACCCAAAAAUACGUUCUUACAGAGAUUUUGCGUAAAUGCCGACAUCAGUAUGUUCAAGAACCUGUUUCACUUGAAUAAAGAUGGAGCAGCUCAUGGGGAGGAUGUUUGUUUUAUAUUCCGUUGUGGUGCGUUGGAUAGUCGAAAAGUAUACGAAAAUGCAUUAAAAGUCAGAGACGAUUCAAAUGUGAAUUAUAGGACGAUCAAGCGCAUGGUCAAUAUAAUCACUAAUUUUGCUCGAACUGGCAAUCCAUCGGUGGAAGGUGAUACUCCAUUCAAGUCAUUAUCAUCACCAGACGAAAUGUUCAGCCAAGACAUCACAAACGAUCCAAACAGCAGCUUAGUAGCCAAUUUAAUGGAACAAACUCAUUUCGAUUCAUGGCACCAGAUUGAUGACACCCAUCAAAAACUGAAUUCUGGAGGCAUUUUAGGAUUUUGUAAUGCCUCCUCUUGUGAUGACUACAAAAAUUAAGAGAACGAAAACAAUUUCAAACAAAAUAUGACAUUACAAUACGAUAUCCAGCCAAUUUUUUUCUCCGAUUAAUGCAUCUACAUCUUUAUUUGAAAACUACUUUCAAUAUUGUUCGAUACGAUGAUCAGAAACCGCCAAACAUAAUUUGGCCAUGAACAAUACAUUUUCUUUGUUCGCUUCUGUGAAAUUAAAGUCCAAUCUAUAUCUACCGCUAGGAAUUAAUUGCUCGAAUGGAAAA